AUGCACGCAUCAUACCACAACAACGAGCACGCGCUCCACAGCGCCGCCCUCGAGCUCAAAUACACCCACAGCACGCACCUAGUCGACAUCAUAGCCAAAGACGAGGACAUUCGCCGUCUACGCUUCGACAUACAUAUCCUGGAAGAUGAUAAUGAGGAGCUUCGUGAGCUCCUACAGCAGGAGGAGGACCGCUCGGACGCAUUUGAGAAGAUGGUGAACGAGAACCUGGCCCGCGCGGAAGAGGCAGAAGGACAGCUAGCGGAGGUGGAGGUUGAUCUACGCCAGCGUGUGCAGGAGAUUCAGGCUCUAUUAGCCGAGAGAGCCGCGCUGCAGCAUUCGAGCGAGGAUGCCACUGCUGCGCUGACGGAGAAGCUGGCCUUGACUAGAGAGUUGUCCGUUCUGAAACCCGAGCUGGAACAUUUGAAGGCGCAGGCUGCUUCAUCGGAAGCACUGAUGACGGAGAAGCUGGCACUGCAGCGACAGCUUUCCAAUAUUCAAUGCGAGCUCGAAAAUGCGAAGCGAGAGACUCAGCGCGCAUUGGCUAAGCGGAGGAAUACUGGUGUUGAGAUCGCGCAAGAAGUGCAAAUGGAUGAUUUGAAGAGACAGCUGGCGAAAGAGAAACGAGCGCGGCAGCGUGCUGAAGAGUCUGCCGAGAGCGCGUCAGGCGAUGUACAGAUUGACGACGUUCGCAAGCAAUUGACCAAAGAGCGCAAGGCGCGACAAAAGGCCGAAGACCAACUCGCCGAGGCCCAGGACGCUACACAAGUGGAAGACGUGCGGAAAGACUUGCUCAAGGAGAAAAAGGCGAAAGCAAAGUUGGAGGAGGAGCUGGAGAAGUUGCAAGCGGAGCUCGAGAAGGAACAGAAAGCGGCCGCACGAGCGACAAAACGCGCGGAUGGGAGUGCUCAGGCGGAUGGCGAAGCCGAAGAGCUGCGCAACGAGCUGGCCAAGGAGAAGAAAGAACGCGCAAAGGCCGAAAAGGCUGUACAGCAAGCUGCCUCGGACUUUGAAGCACAGAAGGCAACCCUCGACGACAAGCUCACCCAAUUCCGCAACAAGCUGAGGUCGACAAAGGACAAGCUGAAGGAAACCGAAGCUGAGCUGGUCGCCGCCCGCGAGGCCACUAAUGUCGCUCCAGCCAAGAAAGGAACGACGACCAAAGCGAAUCCCAAGAAACGCAGCGCCGCACAAAUGGAUCCCGACGCAACGACCCUCGGCACACCGGGCGACGGACCACCAGCCAAACGAGGUCGCAAAGCCGCAGCAGGCGUCGGUAACAAGUCAACCUUCACCCUCACGCCGUUCCUUAACAAGACAACGAGCGUAAUUCAGGAUGAUGACGACGAUGAUGCCGACGGAGACCAAAUCCCCAGCGACGCAGAAGCAACUCCCGUCGCAGCGGCGGCGAAGAAACAACCCCUAGCCGAACAACCAGCGAGCAAAACCAACAUCCAACCGAAGAAAGCCACCGCCGCCCAACGCAAACCAAAAGCCCUCCCCGCCUUGGAAAUGGUGACGGAGGAAAACGAGUCCGAGGACACGGCCAUCCACAAGCAAGGGCAAGAAAACGACAACCCUAACCCCAGCAAAACCACCACCCUCAAACUCAAAACCAAGACCAUCGAUGGCCCCGACGCGACCAAGACAGCCGGAGAUCCAGUCAAGCAGCGCCCGAAGAUCCGCAAGUCGCUCGCGGACUUUGCCACCUUCGCCACCGAGCCCGCGGCGGAGAAGAAGAAGAAGCGGAAACUCGGGGGUUUGGGCAAGACGCUUUUCGACGAGGAUGAGGAGUCGGCAACGACGGCGGCAGCGACGGCUGGCCCGGUUUCUAAGAGGGGCUUGUUUGGUGUGAAGGGGUUUGGUGGGUUGGGAGUGGGCGUUGGGGCGAAGAAGAAGGCUGGUGGGAUUGGGGGGAGUUUUCUUGGGGGCUCGAGAGGUGCUGCUGGUGGUGGAGGGGCGAGUAUGAUGAUUACGGCGGGCGAUGGGAGCGGGUUCGUCUUUUCUCCGCUUAAGAAGGCGAGGAGGAAUUUGGAUGAUACGCUGAGGGGGUGA